AUGCAUCGCUCUUUCAUAAUUUUCCUAGUGGUUGCAACGUAUGCAUACGUUACGUUUGCAGCUCCGAAAAGUAAUGAGGAUUACACAUUAUGCACCACGCAAAAUUGUAUAGAUACAGCGUCGAAGAUCUUAGCCAGACUCGAUCGUACUGUUGAUCCUUGCGAUAAUUUCUAUCAAUUUGCUUGCGGUGGAUGGUUAAAAAAUAAUCCGGCAAAUAUUUCAUAUCCGAGAAUUAGCUCGCUAUCGGUGAUCAGUGAUGAAACGACAGAGCAAAUUAGAGAGAUCUUAGAAGAUGAUCCCAGACCAGACGAUACGCUUUCCUUGCAAAAGGCAAGGAAGAUAUACAGCAUGUGCAUGGAUAUCGACACACUUAAACGGAUUGGGAUCAACAGUCUUAGAAAAGUCGUGCAGAAAAACGGUGGAUGGCCGAUGACUAUGUCUCCUUUCGAAUGGAAAUUGAAAGGAUUUAAGCGUUGGCAACAAAUUAGUGAUAUAAUGCAGGAUAAUUUGUUUGACAACGGUCUUUACAGUAUAGCAGUGAUGGUAGAUGACAAAAAGUCUGACAGCAAUGUCAUCACCAUCUUGGAACCUGUCUUCUUCGCACCGCGCGACAUCGUGAUCGGUCUUAGCAAAGAUCCGGCGCAAUUAAUGAUGUACAAGUCCUUUAUCAAAACAGUUGCUAACAUCUUUAUAGACGACCAGGGUUCGUACGUUGAUGAAGCGACACUUGAUCAGGAUGCGCUUGAUGUCGCAAAUUUCGAGAUUGAAUUGGCUAAGCUGACAUUAAGCCUCGAAGAUAGUAGGGACAUUGAUAAAGUUUACAAUGCGUUAACAAUUAAACAAUUGCAACAAGCCUAUGAUGUACAACGUCCUAAUGUAAAUGGCAAGAUAAAUUGGUUUGAACGUAUUCGAAGAUUGUUCGCGCCAAAAAAAAUUACAUCAUCCGAGAAACUUAUUGUUCACGCAUAUAAAUAUCUUACUAAUUUAGUACCGCUACUAGAUAGAACGCCCAUUCGUACUAUCGUCAAUUACAUGCAAUGGAACCUCAUCAGAGCUCUGUUACCUUACACCGAACGUACGGAAAAAAUUGCUGUCCAACUUGCCAAAGAGUUUAAGGGAGAAAAGACGGACAAUUUAAGGUCGAAGAAUUGUGUAAACAAAGCCAAUUUAAACUCGGCCAUCUCGCACGAAUAUGCCAAGAGAUACGUAAAGCACGAAAAUAAAGAAGACCUCAUUGAAAUAAUCACGAACAUCGAAGAUGUUGUCCGUGAGCAAAUUUCAGCGUCUACUUGGAUGGACGAGGCUACGAAGAAAGCAUCUCUUGAAAAAUUGUCUUAUAUGAGAAUGCAAGUUCUCACGCCAGAUUGGUACAGCAACAAAGCUAUUGACAAAUAUUACAAUGGCUUAACUGUCACGUGGGACUAUCUUGGAAGCGUAAUAAAUAUAAUGAAUUUUGAAGUCAAAACAAUGUUAAACAACCUAAGGAAGCCCGUUGACAAAAAUAAGUGGCUUAUGGAACCGACAGUAGUGAAUGCUUAUUACAAUCCAUCUGGCAAUGAAAUCGUUAUUACUGCUGCCAUAUCGCAAGAUCCUGUAUACGAUAAAAAUCACCCUUCGUAUAUGAACUAUGGAGGAAUAGGUGUUGUCAUAGGACACGAAAUUAAUCAUGGCUUCGAUAAUUCCGGUCGUAAAUAUGACAAAAACGGCAAUGCCAUACAAUGGUGGACACAGUAUACCAUCGAUAAAUAUGAGCAAAAAACGCAAUGUUUUAUUGAUCAGUACAACAGUUAUUUAGUGCCAGGCUUGGAAGAAUCAAACAUUCAUGUAAAUGGAAAAUUGACGCUAGGAGAGAACAUCGGCGAUUCCGCUGGCGUUGUGGCCGCGUAUUACGCAUACCAGAACAAAAAAACAAAACUGAACAAGCCUGAGAUACGACUGCAAGGACUCGAGGAGUUUAGCGAUAAUCAGAUCUUUUUUAUGAGUUUUGCGCAUGCAUUCUGUGAGAAUGCUACGCCGCAACAAAUACAAUUGUUAUUGUUGGAUGAGCAUCCUAGGCCGGAAAUAAGAAUACGCGGCAGCUUAUCGAAUUUCCCUGAAUUCUCCGCAGCUUACAAUUGUCCGGCAGGAAAAGGAAUGAAUCCGGAUAAGAAAUGUUCUCUUUGGUGAAUAAGAUAACGGAUGACGAAUUCACUCUUAAAAAAGGCAUGUUAAAUCAAUAUCGAAAUGUAGCAAAGUUCUCGAAUUUAUUAUAUUUCUUUUGCAAUGCUAAUUGACUGUUUCAAUUGGCAUCGCAGCAAACAACUGUCAUCACAUAAUUUUAUUCCUAUCAAAAAAUGAAAAUUUACUUUGCUAAGAAUAAACAUUAAUGAUUUAUUAAUA